GAAAACGGCCAUGUCGUGUUAGAAACCACUUCUGAACCGAGCGAGGAUUAUUCACAGCGUCACUUACCACUUUAUGUAAUGUAGUCUUAAAAUUACGGCUUUGAAAGUAACACAACUGACCUCUCGUUUGACAAAAACAGAUUUCGUGGAAAAAAGUGCGUUAUUUUAACAAGAGCACAAACAUGAGCGGAGGAGGGACGCCGUAUAUUGGCAGCAAAAUUAGCCUAAUCUCCAAGGCCGAGAUUCGCUAUGAAGGAAUUUUGUACACCAUUGAUACUGAAAACUCGACAGUAGCUCUUGCUAAAGUUCGCUCUUUUGGCACUGAGGAUCGGCCCACCGACAGGCCUGUUCCACCUCGAGAAGAAGUGUUUGAGUACAUUAUCUUCAGAGGAAGUGAUAUAAAAGACCUUACAGUGUGUGAGCCACCCAAAGCCGCUAGCUCCCUGCCUCAGGACCCUGCUAUAGUUCAGUCGUCACUUGGAUCCAGCAAUGCUGCAGCAGCAUCAUCAUUCCCGUCGGCAAGUUCCUAUGCUCCUCUCAGCAGGGCCCCUGUCCCAGCAUACAGCCAAUUUGGUGUUGCACCCCUCUCAUCACAGCAGUUUGGAUCUGCUGGAGCGGGAGGGCGCACUAGUCCCGUGUCGGACUCUUUAACAAAAAGUCCUACCUUGGAGCAGACAGUGCAGGCCCCACAAUCAGCUGCCCCAGCACCACCUGCGCCUGUAGGACAGAGGAGUCAGACGGGGGCGGCAGCUCCCCGACCCACGGGUACAACCGCCGGCAGCCAGAAGCCCCUGGACCUCCUGGAGCAGAGAAAAGCUCCUGAGGUUCAGAAGCUGCCACAGCCAGAUAUUGAACAAGGUGCUCUUGAAAAUCGUGAUCCCAACAAGCGUCAAGCUGCUGGUGUUCAGUCCACCCGCCGUGGCCGUGGAAGAGGAAACCGCAGCAGAGGCAAAGUAAACGUGCGUAGAGAUGGCGCCAUGAAGUUUGAAGAAGACUUUGACUUUGAGACUGCCAACGCCCAGUUCAACAAAGAUGAGAUUGACAAAGAGCUACAGAACAAGCUCAAACUGAGAGAUGACAAGACUGAAAAGGCGCUUAAUGGAGAAGAAGCUGCCGAGUCCGAACAUCCAGCCAAUGAGGGGACCAAUGAGGAGGAGGAGACUGUGAUAAACACCUACUAUGACAAGUCCAAGUCUUUCUUUGAUAACCUGUCCUCUGAUGAUUUAAGCAAAGGGGGUGAAAGAGGAUUUUCAAGGGAUCGAAGGCCUACCUGGGCAGAAGAGAGACGAAUGAAUUCGGAGACAUUCGGCAUCCCUCUAAGGCACAAUCGAGGAAGAGGAGGUUUCCGUGGACGUGGCUUCAUGGGACCUCGUGGAGGCCGAGGACGACCGCUGAGCAGAGGGUCAUUUGGGCCACCCCGGGGUCCUCCACCUGGUUUCAGAGGUGGAUUCAGAGGAGGCAGGGGAGGCCGUGAUUUCUCUGAUUUUGAAUACAGGAAGGACAACAAGGUGGCUGCGUAGUCCCGCAGUGAUGGCCCCCUGACAAAUUGUAGCUCCUCAUUAUGAAAUAAUUCCUGUUGAAGAAAAGAUUUGGUCUCAACAUUUGACAGAAAGAAUGAAGACAUCCUCUCAGUCACCAGCACCAGGCUCGACUGCUUUUACAUCAGGGGGUGAGAGUGCAGCUCCCUUUUCUCCACUUUGAGAAUUUUUUUUUUUUUGGCCCAUUUUGUUUGAUAAACAGCCACCAGAUGGACAAGAACGUGUGUAAAUACCUUGCUUUGGAGUAAGUCUGUAUUUUUGCAUCAAUCGAGUUCAUUUCUUACUGAAGUCGUCUUUGAUACGGAGAGCUGUAUGCAGGAAGCCCACUGAUACUGUGAGUGGAUCACAGGUCAUGUGAUCGAUAGCUUUAUUUUUUAUUUCCUUCAGUUUUUGAUCUUUUGAUGUACAUUGGCACCAAAAUCCACUGCAAUGCCUGUUGCACCAUAUUUCUCUCUACUCAGAUGUACUCAGAUUGGUCACCAUGUGUUCAUCAUUUUUACCUUUUUUUUGGGUGGACAUCCAUUCAUUCUCAAUGAAGUAGUGAUAUCAAAGCCAGCUCAACGAAACGAAAUCUGAAUAUUUUUAUGAAUGUAUAUCUUCUAGUUAGUGACCCCCAGCAAAUUGUGGCUCGCCAGACAAGGCUCACUUGUAGUUUUGUUUUUUGGUUGUUUUUUUUUUUUUUUUUUUUUUUUUUUUAGAAAUGUGCAUUCAGUAUUUAGAAUUGUUUAGCUCAUACUUUGACCCCUGAAACCACCCACAUCAGAUGAAUUAUGUUUUUGCUUUAUGUUUGUGGUUGGAACUGUGUGUCUGCAAAUGCGGGCAGUCUAAUAGAAACCAGCCUUUGGACUGAUAUAGGGGGUUUGCAGCAUUAGCUUUAGAAGCAUUUCAUUAGUUGACUUAAGAUUUUUUGACCGGGUCUAUUUUUAUAUAGUUGACUAAACAAAGAGCAUUCCCAUGAUUUGUGUCUGUGAAAGAGGAACCUCCAUUAGUAUUAAGGCCCUUAGAAGUUCUUAGGUAUUAAAAGCCUUGUGUAUUCAGUUCUGCAGUCAGAAUGACCUCAAACAUGUAAUAUUUGGGUUUCAAAUCAAAUGUAAAAAAAUGCUCUGCUAUAUUGCCAAAAAAGAAUAUGUGAGCACUUGGCUAAGAUAAAAUAAUAAGCACAUGUUUUCUCAGUGUAGUAUCUGUUAAGUCUACCUUUAUAUAUGUCCGAAACAUACUGAGCCAUCUGUCAACGCAUGUUCUCUAUUUGUUACCAGCAUCCUUUUGAAUUUUCUGGCAGUUUUGUUUUUUUUCCACUGCAAAAACUGUGCUCGCUGUGUUGUAAGGAUUGUUUACUGAUAAUGGGAAAUCUUGUCAUUUAUUCAAUGAUGUCAGAAAAUGUAUGUUCAAGGUUUUUGAUAGCUAUCAGCCCCUCUGGCUUGUUUGUAGCUCCUCUUGUUGCAUUAUUUUCAAUGGGAUUGUUCUCUGGAGUGAUUUUUUUUUUUUUUUUUACUGACUUGUGAACAAAGGGACAUGACCUGGAUGCGGUGCCAGUGUGUUGGGGAAGGAAGUGGAUUUUUUUUUCUGUGGCUCUGAUUUGUUAGUACUUUAGGGAGUGCCUUCAGAGUUCAUUUUUCCAGCUCUCCCUUUAACUUAAAAGUCGACAAAGGUAUUGAUAGCACUACAAGGUGAGACUAGAUACUUCUCAGUAGCUGUGGUUGUUAGAGCAAAGCAGUCCAGUUGAAAAUGUGCUAUUUAACUGGAUAUUAUUGCACAGGUUGCUGAUCACUGCAUGAUAGCCAUAGGAACCAUCACGUCGUAUGGCAAUAACCAGCAAGCUCGAAUUAGAGACAAAAAGUAUUACUGAACUAUUACAAACUGACCUGUUUUCAUAUGUUUGUUACUCCUUCCAGUCACUGGAAUUGUAAACCAGGAAUUGUUUUCAUGAGAAUAUCAGCAAAAUUGAGUUUUUACUUAAAAUAAAGAGUUGUACAAUA